UCUUUCGUUUUUGAGGUUUUGUUUAUUACCUUAGCGGAUUAGCUUUGUAAAUGAAUUUGGAAAGAAAGAAGGGAAUGUUUUGAGGGGUAAGUGGAAUUUUGUUGGAAUAGUCGUGGAUUUCUGCGGUAUGUGCGAAGAGUUUUCCUUUCUGGUCUGGAUAGUUGGUUUUGCAUAGAGGAAGGACCAAGAGUCUCAGGGAUUUAGGUCCUCGUUUGAUGCUUGGAGGGUAGGCUGAUGAGUUCACGAAAUUUGCAAAAUUUCUGUAGAUGAGCUGGAGGGAGUAUACAGGAGGUGUUGUUGGAGUAGGAGGAUAAGUUAAUGAAGUGCUUUGGAAUCGUUUGAGACUGCAGCAUGAGUUGUGGGGAGGAGAGCAAAGAAGGUAGAGAUGAAGGGGGAUUUAAGCAAACGGCAAGGAAGAACUCGGUUGAGUUUGGUGAACAGCUCGAGAAGCAUCCAGACACACAGAAUGGAUUGAUUCCAACGCCACAAUUCCAGAUUGAUGAGAAACUACUGAUAGACCCAAAAUUACUAUUCGUCGGGUCAAAAAUUGGAGAGGGAGCGCAUGGGAAAGUUUAUCAAGGAAGGUACCGUGAUCAAGUUAUUGCUGUCAAAGUUCUCAAUAGUGGAAGUACCCCAGAAGAAAAAGCUAAACUUGAAGGCCAUUUUAUCCGUGAAGUUACAAUGAUGUCUAGAGUAAAACAUGAGAACCUUGUUAAGUUCAUUGGAGCUUGUAAAGAUCCCAUGGUGAUAGCUACAGAGCUGUUGCCAGGGAUGUCACUCCGGAAGUAUUUAUUCAGUAUUCGUCCAAAACAAUUAGAUCUUUGUGUAGCGAUAGGUUUUGCCCUUGAUAUUGCUCGGGCCAUGGAUUGUCUACAUGCCAAUGGGAUUAUACACAGAGAUCUUAAGCCUGACAAUUUGUUACUUACGGAGAAUCAGAAGUCUGUGAAACUAGCGGAUUUUGGUCUUGCAAGAGAGGAAUCUGUGACUGAGAUGAUGACUGCAGAAACAGGAACCUACCGUUGGAUGGCUCCUGAGUUAUACAGCACUGUGACUUUGCGUCAGGGAGAGAAGAAGCAUUACAACAACAAGGUUGAUGUCUAUAGCUUUGGAAUUGUCCUAUGGGAGUUGUUGACUAACCGAAUGCCAUUUGAAGGCAUGUCAAACUUGCAGGCUGCUUAUGCUGCUGCCUUUAAGCACGUGAGGCCGAGUUUGCCGGAGGACUUACCUCCUGAUCUUGCAUUCAUCAUACAAUCAUGUUGGGUUGAGGACCCUAAUGUUCGGCCCAGCUUCAACCAGAUCAUCCGCAUGCUCAAUGCAUUCCUUUUCACACUCACACCUCCCUUACCUGAAUCAGACACCACCAAGUUGGCAGCACCGAGUCGUGAUAGUGUGAUCACUGAGUCGUCUGCACGUGCAAGAGGGAAGUUCUCUUUCCUUCGCCAACUUUUCGCAGCAAAGCGAACAAGGAACAGUCACUGAAGGGAUGAAUUUUGUGAGUAUAUUUUGACCAAGGAAGUCCUCCCAUGGUAGGUAUAUAUUGUUAAGUUGAUUUGUGGUUAAAUACCUGAGCCAUGACAACUUGCAAGGAUGAGGAAACUGGAAUGAAAUGGUUUUAAUAUUUAGUGGAGAACCACAGAUAGAAAUGAAUAUAGAAAAAAGAAGACAGGAAAAAACUGUUAAUGCCUUGUCUUCCCUCAUGAUCAUACAUAAUUGUAGCAACUGGUGGUUCGUGUUUAUACCAUUGACCCCAAAAUUGCUUGUAGGAAAGCAAUUUCAUUUGCUUAUUUUGAUUCUGUACUGAAUAUAAGUGAACUACCUAUGCUACACAGGGUUGACAAUUGAUGGCUCUUCAACA